AUGGCAGAGAUGUUGCACUCAGUGGUUCACAGGCCCCCAGGUGGGCUGCAGACUGUCACAAAACGUGUGGAAUCUCUCGUGGGUACAGAUUGGAUUCAUCACAAAGUUACAAAAUCAAGAAUUCCAGAUAAAGUGUUUCAGCCUUCACCUGAAGAUCAUGAGAAGUAUGGUGGGGAUCCACCGCGCCCUCACAAGCUGCAUGUUGUUGCCAGAAUAAAAAGUACAAUAAGACGACCAUGUUGGGAAAAAGAUGUAAUCCAAAUGCUUGGGUUAGAAAAAGCACACACUCCUCGAGUUCAUAAGGAUAUCCCUUCAGUAAAUGCAAAACUGAGAGUGGUUAAGCAUCUCAUAAGAGUCCAGCCCCUGAAGCUGCCACAAGGACUUCCCACAGAAGAGAAUAUGGCUAGCACAUGCCUCAAGAGUACUGGGGAGUUAGUAGUGCAGGGACAUCUGAAGGCUAUGGACACCCUAAGCUCAGCACUCAGGGGGCUGAGGUGGUCCUCCUGCCUCCGCCUCCUGAGCGCUGGGGUUACAGUCGUGGGCAACUACGCUCAACUGAAGGAAGCUUUCUAUUCUGGCUGCGGGGACUGCUACUUCAGCCACAGUGUGGACUCAGCUCACCUGGCUUCUCAGUGCAUCCCAGGAAUGGUGGACUCUUCUGCACCAGGGACCUGGAGUUGGCUGCACUUCUGUCACCUUGCUUCAGCUGCUGUCCAGAGAACCUGGAGGACACAGAGCCCCUGCACUGAUUGA